AUGCAGACAAAGUACUACGACGCGCCUGUUCGUGUGGUGUGUCAGUGCCUCUCCCGUGGAGCCUCGCCUCCACGCUGCUUUGCCGAUCGAGACGCUGUCUCUUCUGUCUCUUGCAAAGGUCGGGGGCCUCUCAAAGAUGGCCAGCAACGCGCUCUGUUCCAUGCAUCGGGUGCGACGCCUUCGACGCUGUCUCAGCCCUCUUCGCCUUCUUCGCUGUCUUCAGUCUCGCCUUCUUCCUCCUCGCUGCCCGCUUCUGUCUCUUCUCCGACCUCGGCCUUUGCUUUUCUUCGCGCCUCGACUAUCACUUCUCCGCAGGCUGUCUUCGAGCCUGCCGUCGAGCUCGCGGCUCCGCCCGAGGCGCUUCUCGUCCUCUGCACUUCUCUGCUCGCAGCGGAGCUGACGGGGAGGAGCGAAAAGAAGCGACAGCCGGACGCUCGAGAGCAUACACAGGCUGCGUGGCCUUCAGAAGUGCGCCUGGAAGAAGACGAGACGGCAGAGCUUCCCCUGCCAGGCUGUCUCCGACUACCUCCGUUCCGUCUGAACGCCCCGGCAGGCGACGCCGGAAAAGGCAGGGGGACUCGCGAGACGCCUGCCGACGGCAGCCGAGACGCGGCAUCUGCAUGCCCGCGAGCGGACUUCUACACGCCCCUCGGCGACGAGACAGACUCAGAAGAGGCGACGGACGGCGAAUGGCUGUCCCGCGUGCCCGUGAAGCUGUUUGCGGCUGUCGAGGCGCCAGAAGGCGAUUCGCGCAGGUGUCUCCAGAGCGCGUCGCGAGUCUGCAAGCGCGGGGCCUGGCUGCCGGAUGAAGAGGAUCCUUCGGAGAUCUUGUUCUUCGAAAACAACUGUCUCUUUGAACGGGUGUGUGUGCCCUGGCCGCGCCCGUCUUCCUCGCUGUCGUCCUGUGAGAAGCAAUCCAUCGCCGCUUCCGGGCCACCCUCGGGGCUUCCUCCCCGCCCUGUCUCUUCUUCCGUCUCAUCUGCCUCAUCUUCCGUCUCUUCUGCCUCUUCGGCCUCUCCCUCGUUUCGCCAUUCAGCGACUGCUCAUCCUUCUCUGUUGGGAUCCCACGACGCGAUGGCGCGUCUCGUCGACGCGCUACACUGUCACCUGUGGCCGAACUUGAAGCGUCGCGCGCCGACAAAACCGAUCGCAGAACUCAAGAAGUCUCCCGCGGGGUUCUCGGCUUUCCGGAUGGCGCCUUCGCCGUCCUGCGGCGUCGCUGGUCUGGGUCACGCGAAGCAGGCGAGUGGAGAGAAGACUGUCGAGAUCUCAGAGCCGAUGCAAUGCGAAAAUGGAGAGGUUUGCCGCCACCGGCUCAAAUCCGGGCUGGGAGACGGGGAGGCGAGAAAAGAAGCGGUGGAGGAGGCGCACGAAGGAGAACGAGGAGUCGAAGAAGAGAGGGACCAGACCCAAAGUCGGACAGGACGUCGCAGUGGGGGAAACGCGGCAGAGGAAGGGCAUAGAGAUCGCGAGAAAGACGGCACCUCUUCUGUGGAAGUGAAGGCCGCGUCAGACGGAAAGCGAGAGAGUGAGAGGUCCGGGUUUCAUGCCGAGAAAGGAGUCGAGGCCGCUUCCUGUGAUGUCACCGCGGCGGGCGAGGCGAAAACCGGAAGAAUGGGAAACGCGCGAAAGGCUCCAGGUGGAACCUCCAGAGAGAAAGAAAGCGAGGCAACAGAUGUAGCACAUUUGGACUCACUUGAUGCUAUGAUCAAACAGCUGAGAGCAGCCCGAGUGGAAAGCCAGAACCUCCCCUUCGAAGAGCGGAGGGCGAGAGCUGAGGCCAUGGCACUGAGACUUGCCAGCAUGAUCGGACUCUCGGAAGACGAAGAUGAUUAG